UCAGGCUCGGCCGUGCACGCUUUCGGAACGCGGUUCCAAUCGCGUUUUUCGCGCGUGCCAGUGGUUCGACGUGACGCGUUUCAAAGUUUGAACAAGUUUGAAAUGUAGGACCCCGCUGUGCCGCGACGGAAUUUCGAUUCCGUUUCGUCUCCGGCGUGGCCUGUCAACGCGAUGCGAGCACGGGCGUCGAGAAGCUACGUGUACUACCUGAGGACGAGCGGCACCUGCGUCGUCGUGCUCGGGAGCUGCUGGUUUCUAUAUCAACUGCGACAGAUAUCGCAGAUCUUUCGGUCGGCCGUUAACACGAACGUUCUAAAUUUAGAGCAGGCCCGCGCGCAGUACAUCUACAUCGAUGACCCUCGAUUUAAAGAUAUCUUCAUGUUUGGAAGGGACGAGGAUCUACAUGGAUCCACGUCGGAGAAGCCGGGAAGCCUCAUGGAUACUCUGGCCAGAUGGUGGAAGGUGAAGAAUCACAAGAUUGCGUAUAAGUUGCUGUACAUGGCGCAGCAUGGGAACAAGAACGAGCAGUCCAAAGCCGUGACUGCACUUGGCUCUCUGUCACAUCUGAAAGAUUGGCAGUAUCGUCAUUUGGCGCAGAUGAUGGAUGCUAAAACAGCAGUAGCUCUCGCAAGAAUGCCCAAUGUUAAUUCACUAUUUUUCCUACAACCACCGUAUUAUCAUGUACAAUACAAUUUAAACGAUAUAUUAGAAAAGGUACAUUCGCUGCUGUUAAGUCUUAAUGCUUUGUGUGGCAAUACGCAUCUCUGCCUCACACAGUUCCUCAAUAAAAUGUUUAAAGACUCACAUCGAUAUCUUGUAGAAUGGUUUGAUCACGAUUUGACGAGCGUGGGCCUUUCUGCAGAAACCACAACAGUUCGGGAUGAUGAAUUGCUUAAAAGUUGCAUUCGUGCAAUAUGCCAUCAUUCUUCCGUGGAACAAUACAGCAAACACCUGAUCAAUGCCGGAGCUUUGCCGAUAUUAACAGCGAUACAGAAAAUUUGCAGUGACGACGUAGAAAUGUGCAUAUUGCUCGCAAGAAUAUUAUCCAACAUAUCUCUUCAUUCGGAAUAUUUGGAGACUAUCUACGAAUCCGGAUGGAUCGGCAUACUGUCACGUUGGUCCCGCAGCGACGACAUUCGCCUAUCGGCCCAGGCGAUCAGUGCGUUGGUGAAUCUAGAUACAGACGGAAAUGACAAGGCGAAAUAUCCGCAGAGCGUCUAUCUCCUUUAUCCUCUGCACCGAGUUCAUGCGGCAACAAAAAUGGACGUUGUGUUCCUGCAUGGAUUGCUAGGCGGAGUUUUCGUUACCUGGAGACAACGUGACAUCGAUACCUCUGCACUUGGAGUUGUAGAGGAGAAUACAUUGGUCGAGACUACGGAUUACUUAUCUACUAUGGUCGAUGACGAUCGUCCUCAGGAAUUCUUUAAAGACUUGGCUCGCGAUCUGCAUUUACGCGAAUGGAGAAAAAUAGGCCAGGAUUUUGAGGUGGUACUGGAUGAUUGUCCACAAAACACAAACGAUUGCGCGUGCGGACCUUAUUUCUGCAGAGGAGAUGACGCCUGUAUGAGAAAUGAUUGCGACUUUAAUACAUCAAAAACACUUUGCUGGCCCAAAGACUGGUUACCUGCAGACAUACCAUCCUUGCGAGUCAUAGGUGUUAACUAUGGUACGAGUUUAUCUCUGUGGACUCCUUUCUGUCCGAUAGAAAGCAUGAAGAGCACUAUUAAAGAGAGAAGCGAAGAAUUCGUUACCAAAUUGACAAUGGCGAACGUGGGCCAACGGCCACUUAUAUGGGUCGCUCAUUCAAUGGGUGGAUUGUUAAUUAAAAAGAUGCUUGUAGAAGAGUGGAAAACUGGAGAUAAGCAUGGCAUUUGCAAGAAUACCAAAGCUAUCUUAUUUUACGGUACUCCUCAUCGAGGCUCACAUGUGGCGGCUCUGAAGCAAGCAACGCAAAUGCUGCUGUGGCCAACGGUCGAAGUUCAAGAACUACGUGAAGGAUCGCCGCAGUUACUAAGAUUGCACGAAGAGUUCUUAGAAAUGUUGAAUAAAUACCGCAUAGAGAUUGUGAGUUUCGCCGAGGCCAAACCUACGCUUGUAACCGCGUUGAAGUUUCCUUUCCAAUUUGUCAGCCUCAAUUCAGCAGAUCCUGGCGUGGGCGAAUUCUUCGAGAUUCCGCAGGAUCACUUAUCGAUAUGCAAGCCAGCUAGCAGGCAAUCGUUUUUAUAUCAAAAACUUCUGAAUGUGCUCAGAUGCCACGUUGACACUCCGGAAGAAACGACUGUUUCGUCGAUUAUGAGACUACUGUCCUUGUUGAGUAAGUUAUUUUAAGUUUGUAUACAAGAAAGAUAAUAUAUAUACGAAUUUUAUAUA